AUGGCGUCUCGUGGAACAGCCCUCGUCGCAUUAGCCUUUCUCCCUCUUCACUUCUCGAUUUGCCAUGGUGGCUUCCCAAAGGACAAAGACAUCUCUCCUAUGAAGUUCACCCACAGUCUCUACAACACGACCAUCUUCGAAAACUCCGCCCCUCGCACUUAUGUCGAGACACCAAUCAAAAUGGGCAUCCAGCUGAAGGAUCUUCUAUGGGACAUAAAGUUCAAUAUCGUCUCGGGUGACGAUGAUGAACUGUUCCAAGCCGAGGCAAUCCAAGUUGGCGAUUUUGCGUUUCUAAGGAUCAAAACGCAAGUCACAUACUCUGCUUCUCUGAACCGGGAGGUGCGAGAUAUCUACGCUCUUACCGUAGAGGCCUCGGAAAGCAUUUCUGAUUUGAAGGCCAAAACAAAAGUCAUAGUCCGUGUUGAAGACACCAACGAUCUCAAACCGCUUUUCUAUCCUGCGUCUUACCACGUUGCCAUUAGCGAAGAUUCUAGUCUGCAAAGUAGCGUGGUCACGGUUAGCGCGACCGACGCAGAUUUGGGCAGCAACGCCAAGUUUUAUUAUUCUUUCACGACUCGCUCUCACCCGUUUUCGGUCGACCCAUUCACUGGAGCCGUGAGCUUGUUCAAGAAGCUAAACCACACCAGACAUGAGAAAUACGACCUCACGGUAUUGGCGGAAGACAGGACGAAGAAGAUUUCUGGCGUGCAGAAAUUUGGCAACGUGGCAAGAGUGGUUGUAACUGUACAGAAAUCAAACAAAACUCACCCAGUCAUUACCCCCACUCCGAAGCCGUCAAUUUUAUCCGAUGGAAAAGUUACUAUUGAUGUCCAUGUAGAACCAGGCACCAAACCAGUCGAGUCUCUAAUGAUCAUGGAAGAAGAUUUGAACAUGUUUUUUUCUGUAAUUCCAUUGGGAGUCGAAGGCAAUGACUUUCAAGUGAUAUCUACGAAGAAAAUACGCUGGUCGCGGAUGCCUCAUGGUUUGAACAUGUCACUUCAAGCCAAAGAUAGUACUAGUCUAUCUCCGGUCAAGCAAAUUCACAUCCCGCCCGUUCACUACACACCGCUGACCUUUUCGGAAGACACUUACAUUGUUGUUUUGAGUGAAUUCUCGCCACCAAAAUCACAUGUGGUGAAAGUUGCGGUCGCACCAGAAUCCCAAAACAUUUCCUACAGCAUAAAAGCAAAUCAAGAUUCAACCAAGUUCAAAAUUAACCACAAAAAAGGCACAAUCGUGACAAAUGAUUACUUCGACUUUGAGGCAAAACAGCGGUAUGAAUUUGACGUUAUCGCUAAUAACGGAGAGGCUGAAACCCAUGUAGUGAUUGAGAUCAUGGACGAGAAUGACAACUCGCCACAGUUUGUCGAGAAUUCCUAUCAGGCUAUGUUGGAUGAAAAUAUCCCGGUCGGUAGCAGCGUUUUAAAAGUCUCUGCUACGGAUAAAGACGUCGGCAAGAACGGCUUGGUGACAUAUUCUAUCGCAAACACAGGUGCGAUACCAUUUGCCAUAGAUGCAUUCACAGGCGUCAUAACCACCUCUGAAGACCUGGAUUACGAGUUGAUGAAAAGACAAUAUCACCUCAGAGUUUGGGCGUCGGAUAGCGGAAGUCCGUUUAGCCAAGUUAACGAAUGUGGCGUGACUAUCACCCUUACCAACAUCAACGAUAAUGUGCCGUUGUUCGAAAGAAUCGGCUGCAACACGACUCUUCCUAUUGACUCACCGGUCGAGCAAACUAUCGGCAAACUCUCUGCUAUUGAUUUAGACGAACUGCAGCAUUUAAAAUAUGUCAUAGAAUCUGGCAACGAGCUUGGAAUCUUCACCAUGGAUUCAACGGGGGCCAUCAAGCUAAACAAGCCAAUACCGGCGAAUUCGAAUGCUUUUAAUUUGAGAGUUGUUGCCACGGAUGGAAAGCACAAAUCUGACCCCUCUAUUGUCAGAGUUACAGUCACAGAUAAAGGAGAAGAACCAACUUUGAAAUGUAUAGAAACUGAUAUUUUGAAGCAAGUGACAAACAAGCUAAUCGAGUCCAUAAAACCUAUUCUAACCAGCCAAGAAGACGACAGUUUUUUUUCGGACAAAUAUAUCGCUAACAAGCAUUCGCCAAAAUUUAACUUGAGUAUUCCUGGAUCCAUUGAUUUAGUCGAAGAUUUCCCAUUGAAUUCAACCAUCGUGCAGUUCAAAGCCACAGACGGUGACACGGGACUUAACAGCAAACUUGUCUACGCAAUUUCAAGCGGCGUCGAAGACGGUUGUUUUGUUAUUGAUCCGUUUCUCGGAGACUUGAAGCUGGUAUGUCCCCUGGAUCGCAAGAAUAAAGAAUUUUACAUUUUGAACAUCACGGUUUCAGACUUAGGAAUGCCACAGAAAUCCGCAUGGAAGCUGAUUGCCGUGAAUGUAAUGGACAUCAACGACAAUCCACCCGUUUUCAGCCAACCUAGAUUUGUGAUAAGGAUUGCAGAAAACAUUGAGGUGGAUUCAGUCGUCUUCACGGCUCGAGCAAUUGACAACGACAGCGAAACCAAUGGGAAUAUACAAUACACUCUUCUCACAUCAACUGACUUCUUCACAAUCGACAAACUUACUGGAGACAUUUCCGUAGCAAGCAACUUGGACCGGGAAACUUUAGCAAGACACGACUUGAAAAUUGAGGCGAGGGAUCAAGCAAAAGUUGGACCACAGUUGUUCUCCACGCUUGAUCUGGUCGUUGUUCUUGAAGAUAUCAACGACAACCCGCCUAAAUUCCACCCAAAAGUCUACAAAGUCAAAGUCCCGGAGGAUGUGCCGGUGGGGACUCUUCUUGUUUGGUUAGAGAGUGUUGAUUUGGAUCUUGGCAGCGGCGGGCAGGUCACAUACAAUCUCAAAAACAAUGGGAUUUUCCAUCUAGAUUCCAAAACUGGAGCCCUAACUUUGGAAAGAGAGUUGGAUUUCGAGAGGAGGCCAUUUUACAACCUCACAGUUCGAGCAGUGGACCACGGACUCCCCAGAUCUCUCUCCUCGUCUUGUUUUGUAGAGAUCGAGGUGUUGGACGUCAAUGAGAAUCUCCACAAACCCGUGUUUGACGAGUUUGUGUACGAUGAAGCGAUAAUGGAGGACGCAGCAGUCGGGACUUCCGUGGCGACCCUCAUGGCGUUGGACAAAGACGCAGGACGAGACGGAGUCGUGAGGUACCGCAUUCACGACGGCUCUGGGCUGGGACUGUUCACCAUUGAUGAAGAAUCAGGUGUGAUUCGCAGCACAGACACCAUGGACAGAGAGACCACUCCUCACUUCUGGCUCUCGGUCUUCGCCUCAGACCUGGGCACCGACCCGCUGUCCUCCUGGUGCCACGUCUACAUCCGGGUGACGGACGUGAACGACAACGCGCCGCAGCUCAGCCAGCCCAUGUACUUGGCCACGGUCCCGGAGAACGCGGCGCUGGUCCAGUCCGUGGUGACGGUGCAGGCUCAGGACCUGGACAGCUCCUCUGACGGACAGCUCACCUACGACAUGACGGAGGCGCACCGGAAGUACUUCAGCGUGGAUCCCAAGACGGGGGUAAUCAGCACAAACGCCGCUUUGGACCGAGAGGAGAAGCCGGAGCACAGCGUCGAGGUGAUCGUGUCCGAUAACGGCUCGCCUCCUCUGAGAUCCACCGCCACCGUCGUCAUCGCCGUCUCGGACCUGAACGACAACCGGCCCAAGUUCACGGACAAACUCUUCCACGUGAAGCUGCCGCCGCAGGAGCAGGGCGCGGGGAGGCGGUUGGCGUGCCGGCUGGUUGCCCGUGACGACGACGAAGGAGCGAACGCCGCCGUGACCUACAGGCUGCAGGGGGUCCCGGGGGAGGGCUUUCACAUCGACCCGGAGAGCGGAGAGGUCUGGACCCACGGAGACUUCGGGCCCGGCAACUACAGCAUCCUCACGAUCAAAGCGACGGACCAAGGAAAGCCGUCGCGGUCCAACUCCGCACGAUUGGACGUCGAGUGGAUUUCUGUCCCACCUCCCGCCUCUGAGCCAAUCACGUUUGAGGAGCCACAGUUCAACUUCCCCAUCAUGGAAACCGAGCCUGUCAAUCACAUGGUGGGCAUCAUCCUGACCGAGACCCAGCGGCAGCGGUGGUUCGACAUCAUAGACGGAGACGAGAAUAAGGACUUCUACAUCCAGAGGAACAGCGGGACUCUGUCUGUGGCCCGGAGACUGGACGCCGCCCGCAAAUCCAACUACAACCUGACAGUGAGAGUGACCGACGGACACGGCGCUGCGACUGUCCAGGUACACUGCAAAAAAUGA